CUUAAGCUUUGUUCUCUGUUCUGAUAAUUAGUCAGUGGUAGUUCAAGGUUCCAAGUUGCUGGUUCAACUUUUAGUGGCCCUUCUUGAUUUUUACAAAAAAUUCGGUUAGGUCGUAUCCGGAAAAACAGCAGAGGCGCUGCGGACUUUCGUGUGCGCGAGAAUAAUCAAAAUCAAUGCAAUAGUGCAGUGUUCCAAAGAUUGUCUUUGCAGGUGUUUUUUUGAAAUAAGUAUUUUUUCUUUUGUUUGUUCGAAAAUAUAAACAUUCAUCAUGUCGAACGGAUUAGCAGUGUUAAAUAAUAGGCAGGCAGUUCAAAAUUUGACCUGUAACGCUUCGCCAAUUGUCUCCACGACACAAGGACAAGGAAAACACUCGGCGAGGAUGGAACAAUCGAACAUCUCGCACGCUGCUCUUAAAAGAAAUGCUGAUAUUGCUCUGGAUGAAUUAUCAUCUCCUGUUUCGUCAGGUUCGCCAUGCUCAAAGAAACGACACAAGAAUCCACAGCCAAAGAAUGCGGUGUGCGCUUUAAAUGAAUUGAAGGCGGGCGCUGUUUAUAAAGUUGUCUCACAAACUGGUCCAACGCACGCUCCAAUAUUUACAAUUGCAGUGCAAGUUGACGGGCAAACUUAUGAGGGUAAGGGUCGUACUAAAAAAUUGGCGAAACACGCCGCCGCUGAAUUGGCAUUAAGAAAUAUUGUACAAUUUCGUAAUGCACCUGAAAUUGUACGCGUCAUUAAUACAAAUAAUUGUCAAGCAACACCAAUGGAGCCGGACUUCACGAGCGACGUUACUGAGCGUGAUAAUCAUUUGGUGAAUGCAUUUAAAACUCUCGCACAAGAGCCAAAGAGUGCAAGUAAAUUUCUAGACAAGGGCCCAGUUGCAUUAAUUAAUGAAUUAUAUCCGGGCGUUACUUAUAAAUGUAUUUCUGACACGGGCGAGAGUUAUGCAAAAUUCACAAUUGCUGUGACAAUUGAUGGCGAGACAUUUGAGGGUACGGGGCCGAGUAAAAAAUUGGCAAAAGCAGCGGCAAGUAAAGCGGCCCUCGCUAAAUUACGAAAUGUUCAUAGUUCAUCAUUUUGUAUUCCAUUACCGGUGAGAGUGUUGCCGAGUUAUGCUAAUUCUGGACAUUGGCAGGAGCAAAUGAGCCUACCGCAAAUGUUGGCCGAUCGAAUAGGAAAAAUGGUUAAUCAAAAAUUCACCGAACUCGUGCAAAAUAAACCGCAGCACGCGCGGCGUAAGGUUUUAGCUGGAAUCGUUCAAACAAGAGGCAACGAGGCUGAAUUAAUUUGCGUUUCAACUGGUACUAAGUGCGUUUCGGGUGAACACUUGAGUGUGAGUGGCGGAGCGGUGAACGAUUGUCACGCAGAAGUCGUUGCACGUCGCUGUCUGUGCGAAUAUUUAUAUAAACAAUUGGAAUUGCACACUGAAAAUCGUGGCGAUGAAUCAAUAUUGGAAGAAUCAAAACAGGGAUACAAGCUCAAGCAAGGAAUACAAUUUCAUCUUUACAUUAAUACUGCGCCUUGUGGUGAUGCAAGAAUAUUUUCGCCACACGAGGAAAAUGAAUCGGUCGAUAAGCAUCCAAAUCGAAGGGCCCGCGGACAAUUGAGAACGAAAAUUGAGUCGGGCGAAGGAACUAUCCCCGUGAAAAGUAGCGAGGGAAUUCAAACCUGGGACGGAGUUCUCAUGGGACAAAGGCUGCUGACGAUGUCGUGUUCGGAUAAAAUAGCUCGCUGGAACGUUCUAGGAGUGCAAGGAGCACUCCUGAGCCAUUUCAUAGAGCCAAUUUACUUCCACAGCAUCGUUCUUGGCAGCUUGCUUAAUCCUAGUCACAUGUAUCGAGCGGUUUGUGGGCGCAUCGAGAACACAAUACAGGGCUUACCGCCACCAUACAGACUCAACAAACCACUGAUGAGUUUGAUUACAUCCUCCGAAGUUAGACAACCCGGUAAAGCACCUAAUUACAGUGUCAACUGGACAAUUGGUCAAGUCGAAGCGGAAGUGAUAAAUUGCACAACUGGCAAGGAUGAACUUGGAAAACCGUCCAGAAUAUCGAAACAGGGACUCUUUAAAAAAUUCUACAAUCUUUUGGGUAAACUUGAUACGAUUGAUGAUGCCGAUCAGAAUCAGUGUCGUCAUUAUUUAGAAGCCAAGUCAUCUGUCCAGAAUUAUUCGCUCGCAAAACGUCAGCUGAAGGAUGCAUUCGUUCGAGCUCAACUUGGCAGUUGGGUUAAAAAACCAAUUGAACAAGACAUGUUUGACGUUGACAUCUGACUAAGCAGUGAUAAUGUUUCUCGAUUAUGUCCAAAAAAACGUGUUUCCGAGUACGUUGCAACGCGCGUAAAUUAGAUCGAUCGUUCAGUGUGUCACAGAACGGCGGAUUUUGGCAUUAGUAAAGCAUAAGUUUUAGGAUCUCAAAAAAGAAAGAAAAGAAAAAAGAAAACGUCUUUUCAUUAAAUAUAGAUUUUCAAUGCAAAUUAGAGAAUAACUAUUUAAAUGUAUACAAGGCUGUCAAAGAAAGAAAGAAAAAAAAAGAUAAUGUAUGUGUGUAGGAAAAAAAUCAUCAGUGUGUGACUAUUUUUUUUGUAAACUUUAUUCAACUCUGUAAAGAAUCGAUAUUCCAGUGUAAAAUUAUAUUUAAAUACUCUCCUAUAAUUGUAGACAAUUUUUCACUAGGAGGAAAAUAAAAAAUAAGAGUUGAAAAUGUCCACACAAUUUCAAGUUCGUUCUUUAAAUAAUAGACUUUAGAUAUACAUAUAUCGCGUCGUUUUUUGACAAUUCCAUAGACUGUUAGCAAUUAUAAGGAAGAACUUGAUUAGUCUCGCGUAUUUGUAUGAAUGGACAAUUUGUUUUUUCAUUUUGUAGAUGUAAAAAAAGGAAAAAAGUUGCUUAUCUUUAUUCGAAAGGCAUUUUUUUCUAAUAAUGAUAAGCAAAGUCAGUACAUAUCUUUUAUUCAAUCACUUUUAAGAUAUUUCUCUCGCACCUAACUUAAUGUUCUUCGAAAACACACAAACGGAAACUUAAAAAGUAGUCAUCCGAAUUAAAUAUCUAGUUAAGUGAAAAAAAUAUUCCAUUCAAUCUCGUUUAAUUCUUUUUCUUUAUUAGAAAUAUAGGCGCGCUCAUCAAUUCAUUCUCUUUUGUAAAAACAAAAGGUGAAUUGAACAUUUUUUUUCUUUUUUAUAUAGAUUUUAGAGACUGCCGCGUCCUUAUUUGAUAUCCUUAAAAAAAACAAGGCUGUGAGCGAAACUCGCAUUGAGGUAGUGAGCAGACGCGGUAAUUGAAUGUUAGUGAGAACGAAAAACGAUCAAAAAAAAAAAAAAAAAAUUUUUACAAUUGCUCAGUUUCCUUGAAUCGUAAAAAAGGAAUGAAAAAAUAUCGAUAAGAUUGUUUCACGAAAAAAUUAAGCGUUAAUUUCCGCACACGUUUUUAGAAUCACUUUCUUCCAUGUAUUCGCGAAAAAAACAAUCUUAUUUAUAUUUUUUUUAAACAAAAUCUUUUUUCACCCUCCUACUCUGGUGGCGUGCAGUCAUUUUUAUUAUUCUAUAUUUAGCUCCUUGACUCCAUUAGAAUUUUAACAAAUUAUUGUUAGUUUUUUUCUCCAAUCUUUUAAAAUGAAUUAUAGUAUUUAUCCAGAAAUUUUACAUCCAAUCAUUUAAUAUUUUAAAACUUUACAUUUUGAGAUUUAAAACAACAAUUAAUGUUUCAAUUGAAAAAGAACAAAUUGAAUUAAAAUUCGAACACUGUAGAUUAAAAACAUCUGAUUUUUACAGUGUUGUACACAAUAUUUAAAUAUGUAAUUACAGUGAACGAUUUGCAACAAAUGAUUAAAAAAAAAGGUAAAAAAAUAAUAGUGUUUGACAAAUGAAAGAAAAAGACAGUUGCAUGUAAAAAUGUAGAUGCAAAAAAAGAAAUAGCACUUUGCAAAUUUUUCAAAUCGGACAAAUAAAUACUUUGAGUAAGGCCUAAAUUUUUUCCGUAAUCUGCUUUUUACACUUCGUGUAGGAGGGAAAUGUAGCGAUAAUUUAGAAUAAUUAAAAAUAAAUUUAGAGAUUUCUAAGAUUAAUUGCCUCACUAUGCCAGCAAAAGAAAUUGUCAUUUUUUUAACUAAAAAAAAAAAAUAUAUGUAGUUCUGCCGUAGUGACACACUAUUCAACGCCGAUCCAGUUUGACGCGAAAAACACACACACAAAAAGCAAUUUGGAACAACUACCAAACAAAAAAAAAAAAAAUAAAAAAAACAUGAGACUGAAGUCCGCAGUGUUUUAAAAACGAAAAAUCAAAACAGAACUUUUAUUUUGAGAUUCAUUUUUCCGUUUAUAAAUUUAAGAAGAUUUAUUUAAGACUAAAGAAAAGUUUAGAAGCUAAAAAGUAACAAGAAUUUGAAAGCUAAAAUUAAAUCUUCCUCGUAUUAUUUUUUCGUUUUCGUUUUUAAAAACGUUGCGAACUUCAGCCCCAUUAAAAAAAAAACGUACUUUGAAAUAGUGUUUAAAAAAAUAUUACACUUCAAACCACAAUGGUAUUAUCGAGUGUGUAAAAACGAAAUUUCAUUUUUUUUCAAAAAAACAAAACUUAGUAAUCGAAAUAUUAUUUGCUUCUCGAAAAAAAAGAAAAUCAACUCGAGUAUUUUUUUUAAGUGUUUCAAUCACUUUUCUUUUUUUUUUUGCAAAAUUAAAAAAAAUACUUGUGUGCCAAUUUACAUAGGUUCAAAUUUGCACACGAAAUUUGUCAAAAAACAAAACGAAAAAAAAGUGUGCUUCAAAUUUGACUUAUAUCGCUGUGCAAAUGUUGGGCAAGAAAUUCUUUUCUCCCUGUUUUGAAUAACGAUCAUUAAUAUUGUAUUCUCACAAUAAUUAUAUAAUAAUAAUUAUUAAAUUUAGCUGAUAAAGAAAAUAAUUGUAAAUUUAUUUUUAUUUUUUCUCUCUCUUGAAAAAUGUUUAAAAAAUAUAAAGAACUCUAAACGAAAAUAAUAAAUGAAAGUAUAGUCAAAGAGAAACGCGAAAAAUGAACAAAAAAAUAGAAAGAAAAAGAGUAGAAAAAUUGCGAAACUAGAAAAGCAGUUGAAAAAAAAUAGUUUGUAUGAAACGAAAAAAAAUAAUUGUUCUUUAUAUUGAAAGUAAUGUAACAUUAAUUUCUUGCCUGGCAUGGAACACCAAAGAUUUCAAUAGAUAUUUUCAUAUUUCUCAAAAAUGAUCUGUCGCUAAUUAGCAUAAAUAGUGUAAUUAUUUGUUUUUUUCUAUGCUUUUAAACAAUUUCUUCAUAGAUUUAAUCAUUUUUGUAGCAUAAGAUAAGAAUUUAAAAAAUUUGAAACUCCAUAAACUUGCUAUAUAUCAAUUUUUGCAAACAAUUUUAAUGAAAAAUUUUUUAUAUAUUAUUUUAGACGAAUAAAAUUUAUAUCCACUUGUUUUUUUAUUUAUCACAAAAAAAGAAGGAAAUAUUAUUUUAGCUCAGCGAUAUAUCUUUAUAAUUUAUUAUUAGAAAAGGAAAUUUAUGUAUUAUGUAUAGUAACGAGUGAAAUUUCUAUUUAUUCUUAUGUUUAUGUUCGUUAUUGAUUAAUGAACAUUAUUAUUAUUAUUAUUAAUAUUAUUUUUUUUAUUAUUAAUAUUAUUUUUAUUUUAAUUAUUAUAUUAUAAUUAUCAUUUUGUAUUCUUUUGUUAUGAAAAAUAUGUGAAUUCUUCUUUUCUUUGUAUUUUUUGAAAAUGCACUUAAAAGCAUAAAAGAAAAUAUUUAACAAACAAAAAAAAACUAAUAAUAAUCAAGUAUUCAACAUCGAGAAUUACAAGUAUUCUUGUUAGUCAGCUAGAACUUAAGCAUGACUAGUGCCUCUAGUUGUAAAAUCUUAAAAAAAAAUACAAAUUAAUGAGAAAUGAUUCGUCAAUAAACUGUUAUUUACCGAAA